AUGCAUACGCCGUACCACUUCUUCCUGGCUGGCCUGAUGCUGGUCACGGGCUCAAUUAACACCAUUACCACCAAGUGCGGCGAGUCAGCCUCGAAGAACGCGUGUGCUGGUCGCACCAACGGUGAACAUCUUUUUGACCAUCCUUUUGUUCAAGCUCUGGCCAUGUUCAUUGGCGAGUUUUGCUGCCUGAUCGCCUAUCACAUCUAUGUUGCCAUUGCGCGUCCCGCCCCGCUCAAGGCCGAGAAUGGCAAAUCAACCACGUACAACCCCAUCAUCUUCCUUCUGCCUGCCUUGUGCGAUUGCACGGCCACCUCGACCAUGUAUGUCGGCCUCACGCUGACCUACGCCUCCCAGUUCCAGAUGCUGCGUGGCUCGGUCAUCAUUUUCACGGGUCUUCUCAGCAAGUUUUGGCUGGGCCGCAAGCUCGAAGGCUUCCGUUGGAUGGGCAUGGUCCUCGUCCUGAUUGGCCUGCUCUGUGUGGGCCUUGCGGCCUUUUUCAGCGGUUCCUCUGGUGCCAGUGCCCCCAACCCCAUCCUUGGUGACAUCCUCAUCAUUGCUGCCCAGGUCAUUGUGGCCUUGCAAAUGGUGAUUGAGGAGAAGUUUUUGAGCAAGUACACCGUGCCUCCACUCAUGGCCGUCGGCUGGGAGGGUUUCUUUGGCAUGGGUAUCAUCACGACGCUGUGCCUCAUUUUCUGGGAAGUGCCCGGCACUCGCGCCGGAGGCAAGUUUGAGAACAUCAAUGACGCCUUCCUGCAGCUGGGCAACAGCCAUGCCAUCCAACUGGCCAUUGCGGGCACCAUCGUAUCCAUUGCCUUUUUCAACUUUAGCGGUAUCAGCGUGACCCAGGAGAUGUCUGCUACCACCCGCAUGGUGCUCGAUUCAGUUCGCACCCUCACCAUCUGGGUCUACGGCAUGGCCGUGGGCUGGGAAGACUUCCAGUACAUGCAGGUCAUUGGUUUCUUCUUCCUCAUUAUGGGCACCUUUGUAUACAACGAUCUCUUGAUCCUGCCAGCCCUGCGCCGCUGGGGCCUGCUCAAGCCCAAGCCAGAGGAGGGCAAGCCUCUGCUCGUCAACGACUCUUAA